GUUUGGGUAAAUAGUCAAAGCAAUAAUUACAUUUAGACUGCCAGAUUCUUUAAAAAGUUCAGCUUCGAUUUCACUUAUCACUUUGAAACGCAUUGUUUCUAUCAUUUGUUUUAUGCAUCUCAAAUUAGCUGAUCCGAUCCGCUCAUAGUAAACCAGCUUGAUUUGUUUUCAGCAGAAUCAAAAACCAUUAAGAAAAGAUAAAGGAAAAUGUCUGUGAUAUUAGCUUCCUAUGGUUAUGAUGCCACAAUAAGAUUUUGGGAGGCUUUGGAUGGUGUGUGUUCAAGAUCGAUACAGACUCCUGAUUAUCAUAUCAAUAGACUAGAAAUAACAUCUGAUAAAAAAUAUCUAGCUGCUGCUGGGAAUACAACCAUAAACAUCUAUGAUAUAAGGAAUAAAAACUCAAAUCCAGUAAGCAAGUUGGAGGGCCAUGUCCCAGGAUCUAACAUCAAUUCUAUCUCCUUUGCAACCGAUAACCAAUGGAUGGUGUCUGCGUCUGACGAUGGAACCAUAAAAGUUUGGGAUAUCAGAUCAAACAAAAUUGAAAGUGAUUGCAAUAAUGGCAGUCCAAUAAAUGAUUUGUCUUUUAACCGUAGUUCUUCUGAAGCCAUUACUUGUGAUCAAGAAGGAAGGGUUAAAAUAUGGGACAUUGGCAUGAAAAGAGCAGUUCAUGUAUUAGAACCAGGCAAUGAACAUGUAAAUUUGCUAUCUGUUACUGCUGCUCAAGAUUCCUCUGUUAUCAUAGCAGCUAAUAAAAAGGGCCAAUGUUUUGUCUGGAGCAUGGAUAGAAAUAAAGGUUCUUAUUACGGUACUAGAUCAUUUACAGCUCAUAACACUUAUAUCACUCGAUGUCUUCUAUCUUCAGAUAGAAAGUAUUUGGCAACUUGUUCUGCUGAUCACUCUGCAAAAGUUUGGAAUCUUGACAAUGAUUUUUCGUUGGUUCAAAGUCUAACUGGUCAUGCUGGUUGGGUAUGGGACUGUGCUUUCAGUGCUGAUUCUGCUUAUUUAGUGACUGGUUCCUCUGAUAAUAUGGUUCGUCUAUGGGAAUUGGGAACAUCUAAAAUAAUUCGAAAGUACCAGGGCCAUCAAAAGGCUGUCUGCGCUGUCGCAUUAAAUGAUGUUUAAGUUUUAUAUUGUCUAAUUUCAAAGAUUGUUAUUGUUAUUGUUUCAUAGUUUAGUGAAUUUAUCAAAUUUUUGCAAAACUCUAAUAACGCUUACUUUAUUUCCAGAUAUAUUGGUUUACAAAAUAUUAAUUUUAUAAGAUUAUACUAAAUAUGAAUUAGAAUAUAUGUAAAUAUAUAUGUAUAUAUAUGUGUGGGAAUAUGUAUAUGAAAAAUAAACAAAACAAAACAAAACAAAACAAAACAAAG